CCUCGGCUUCUAUCCAACAUCCAUCCAAUCCCCCAAGAAACAGCACCCCAAGAAGGCUCCUCUGCAGCUUUGCACUUCCGCAAGCAAGGAAGCAGUGGCAGCCAUGGCGUCGUUGGCAGCUAACUGCCAUGGGCGUGUCCUGCACACCUGCACUCUCUCCCCAAAGCCGGUUACAGCUUUGCGCAGAAGCAUGGCUGCCAUGCCUGGAUGCCAUGUUGUUCAGUCACCGAGAGGAGCCCGGGUUGCCGUACGAGCCAACGCCGAGCGCGCAACCUGGCUGCCUGGGCUCGAUCCGCCCCCUCACCUCGACGGCACUUUACCUGGUGAUUUCGGGUUCGAUCCACUGGGUCUCGGGGAGGAGCCAGCAGACUUGAAGUGGUAUGUUCAGGCCGAGCUUGUGCACUGCCGGUUUGCGAUGGCAGGUGUUGCCGGCAUCCUUGUGACUGAUUUGAUUCGUGUGUCAGGAAUCAGCAACCUGCCGGUUUGGUUUGAAGCAGGUGCAACAGAAUUCGACUUCGCCAACACCAAGGCACUCUUCUUUGUCCAGCUUCUCUUGAUGGGAUUUGCUGAAACCAAGAGGUACAUGGACAUUAUUAAUCCAGGAUCACAGGCAAAGGAAGGAACAUUUCUUGGUAUCGAGGCUGCACUUGCAGGUUCACAACCAGGUUACCCUGGAGGUCCCCUGUUUAAUCCACUAGGGCUGAACAAAGAUAUAGAGAAUGCACAUGAAGUGAAACUGAAAGAAAUCAAGAAUGGGAGGUUGGCUAUGGUUGCUAUGCUCGGCUUUUUCGUGCAAGCAUCAGUGACUCAUGUUGGACCCAUCGACAAUCUUUUGACACAUAUUUCAGACCCCUUCAACAAAAAUAUCAUUCACACACUCUACUCUCCCUGAGAAUAUGCUGGACCACAGACUUUUUUUCUCUCUUUGUCUUAAACUAUUGAUCAACACAUUCACAAUGUCUGUGGACAGCAUAAAUAACUCAUUACACAGUUGCAAAGUCCAGGUGUAAUGAAAAUGGAGAUUCAUCGGGUGCAAAGCUAUACUAAUAGUGUAUGAAAGAGAAAUUUCCAGCCCUAGCCAUUGAUCCUAGGCUGUGGCAUACUUGCA